UCAUAAAUUAUGUUUUAAUUCAAACGGUCAUAUCUUUAUAGACUUGAAUGGAUAUUAGAUAAUUUGAUUUCCUAUAUAUAGUGAAAAAUUUACUUGACUUUUUAUCAGUUGCAUCAAAGUGCUGGUAUAGCGAUUCAAAAUGAAAUCCUUCGUCGCUCUUGUUGCCUUGGUAGCCGUGGCCGUGGCCGUCCCGGCGCACAAACCUACCGUGUCUGAUGACGCUCAGUUGGCUGCUGUUAUCGCCGCCAUUCAGAGCCCCAGCACCGACCCCGCCACCGCCGCUCUUCUGGAACAACAGCUGGCACAAAUCCUUGGCCUGGAGCCCAUCUCUGUUGGCCCCGCCCUUGUUGAUCCCGAACCCAUCGUUGUCAGCCCUCCCAUCGUUAACCCUCCAGUCGUCGUGAGCCCUCCCGUCGUUGAACCCCCCGUAGCUCAACCUCCAGUAGUCGUCCUCCCUCCUCCCGCGCCUGCACCCCAGCCUGCACCUCAGCCUGAAUCCAACAGCUCUCCUCUCGUUCAAAUCAUCUUGAACAUCAACCAAGCCGAGUCUGGACCCGUCUCCGUUCCUCCUGGUGUCGCUCUGGUCCCCGAAAUCAUCGGCGAGCCCGUCCAGAUCGUGGAAGCCCCUGAAGUCGUCGACCCCGUCCAGAUUGUCGAAGCCCCCGCAGUUGUCGACCCCGUAAAUGUGGUGGACGGCCCCGCCGGCCCUGUUGAGCCCAUCAUAGUUGCUCCCCCCAUUAUCUCUACCCCCGUUAUCACUCUUCCUGACCAACUUAACUAAGUAAUGGGGAACUAAAAAAUAAUAUCAUAAUGUCCACAAUUAUAAAUAUCCAAUACAACUGAUAUAAAAUAUAUUGUACUGAAGAUCUAUGUGCUGAAAUAAAAUGAAAUUACAAA